UUCUUCAACAGGCAUUGAGGAUUCUUCUUCAUUCAAGGUCUGUAUCUUGGAUUGUGGUCUCUGCACUUCUGUAGAUUUUUCAUUCAGCACAGUGCUAAUGCUUGAAUUCAACCGUUGGUUAAGACUACAUGCUCACAAGAAAUCAUUGCAUGGUUCUGGGUAUUAUGGUUUGGGCUUCUUUUGGGUCUGUUCAAAGGGAGCUUAUGCAUGAGUCUCUGCAUAUUUUCUCCCUUUCCUUUGUGAGGAUGAGAUUUCCUUGACUGAUAGCAUGUUAUUGUAGAUAUAAGUUACCGAGUCGUGAUUCUCUACGUUUUUAACUUGGAUUCGGAGAGUUGUUCUGCAUCUGCUUUAUCUCGUCGACCAAUAUCAUGGGCAGCGCUGGAACUGAUGGAGUGGCUUAUGGGGCGUACACCUACAAAGAUCUGGAGAGAGAGUUGUACUGGCCUGAUGAAAAGUUGAAGAUUUCUAUCACCGGAGCAGGAGGGUUCAUUGCAUCCCAUAUUGCCAGGAGGUUGAAGACUGAGGGUCACUACAUUAUAGCCUCUGACUGGAAGAGGAAUGAGCACAUGAGCGAGGAUAUGUUCUGCGAUGAAUUCCAUCUGGUGGAUCUCAGAGUUAUGGAUAAUUGUUUGGCUGUUACGAAGGGUGUUGAUCAUGUUUUCAACUUAGCUGCUGAUAUGGGCGGCAUGGGAUUUAUUCAGUCCAAUCACUCUGUUAUCAUGUACAACAACACCAUGAUCAGCUUUAACAUGCUUGAAGCUGCUCGAAUCAAUGGUGUGAAGAGGUUUUUCUAUGCUUCAAGUGCAUGCAUCUACCCAGAGUUUAAGCAAUUGGAGACAAACGUGAGCUUGAAGGAGUCUGAUGCUUGGCCAGCUGAGCCUCAAGAUGCCUAUGGCUUGGAAAAGCUUGCCACUGAAGAAUUAUGCAAACACUACACCAAGGACUUUGGUAUUGAAUGUAGGAUUGGGCGUUUCCACAACAUUUAUGGUCCCUUUGGCACAUGGAAGGGUGGACGUGAGAAAGCACCUGCUGCUUUUUGCAGGAAGACACUAACAUCCACUCAUACAUUUGAGAUGUGGGGUGAUGGCAAGCAAACACGGUCAUUUACAUUCAUUGAUGAAUGUGUUGAGGGUGUAUUGAGGUUGACAAAAUCAGACUUCAGAGAGCCGGUGAAUAUUGGUAGUGAUGAAAUGGUUAGCAUGAAUGAGAUGGCUGAUAUGGUUCUUAGUUUUGAGGACAAAGCAUUACCAAUUCAUCACAUUCCUGGUCCAGAGGGAGUGCGUGGUCGGAAUUCUGACAAUACAUUGAUAAAGGAAAAGCUGGGAUGGGCUCCAACUAUGAGACUGAAGGAUGGCCUUAGGAUCACAUACUUCUGGAUCAAGGAACAAAUUGAGAAGGAAACGGCUCAGGGCAUUGAUCUUUCCAUCUAUGAAUCUUCUAAGGUGGUUGGUACUCAAGCCCCUGUUCAACUUGGUUCCCUUCGUGCUGCUGAUGGCAAGGAGUGACAGAACCUUGAUAUUGAGAAAAAUAAGUAACCUGCUAUUUAUUAUAUAAGCAGUAAUGGAAGGGCAUAGACGGUGGAGGAAGAAGCAGAAGUUUGAGUUGGUAUUCACCUAAUUAUAUGGAGGUGGUCAGGCUUAGAAGCAACUGUACUACUUUUCUUUCUUGUUCAAAUAAGUAAGCACACUUUGGUGUGAUGGUGAUGACCACAUAGUUCCUCUAAUGUUGAAGAUGACAAUAAGCGUUGAUUUGAUGACUUUGACAUGCAAUCAAUCAUGCUUGGCUUAACUAGAAAAUAAUCUCUUGAGAUGUCAAAUAUUAUUCUGAGAAUAUUUGCAUUGUAGCGCCCAUGCUUCCAUUCAAAGUUUUCAUUUAUAAUAUAAGGCUAUUUUACAUUUUAA